CAAGGUUUUGCAAUGGGAGAUCCACUAUCAGCCAUCAUGCGCAGUUUUUUAUGGAAGAUCUGGAAGCAAAAGCCUUAACCACAGCACCCACACAAUACAAACCCACCCUCUGGAAAAGAUACAUUGAGGACAUCCUGGAAAAGAUCAAAUCUGGACACACACCACAACUCACGGAUCAGCUGAACAACAUGGACAGCACCGGAAACAUCAGAUUGACACAAGAAGAGGAAACAAACAGAACCAUAAACUUCUUGGACAUAAAAAUUCAUCACAAAGGCGACGGCAGUAUAAAAAUCACAGUAGGUAUACAGAAAACCCCCACACGCAGAUCAAUACCUUCUCUGGACAUCGGAACACCCCACAGCACGCAAACUCUCCGUAGUCAGAACACUUUAUGAACGGGCCAGCAUCAUCACCGAGGAAGAGGACAGACAGGAGGAGGAAAAACACAUAGCCUACGACACGCACUCACACACUGCCAAUAUCCAAAAUGGGACAUAACCAAAGGGAAACAGCAAGUCAACAAACAAAGAAAAAGAGAAAGAAAACAAAAUAAAACCCAAACAAAAAAAACCGAAAGCAGCUACAAAGACAUGGUGACCAUAGCGCGUACAGAGGACAAUGAAAAAGCACAAAAUAAACGCAAUAGUAAAACCUCACACAAAACUCCGCCCGCUUUUAGUUCACCCAAAAGACAGGAUAGACACGGACAAAAAAAUGCAACGUAAUAUACGAAAUCCCAUGCAUAACAUAAAACAUACAUAGGAGAAACAGGAAGAAGCUUCAAUACAAGAAAAACAACAGAACAUAAAAAAGAAUGCGAUAAGGAAACGACAGGACGUCUCACAAGAUCACAAAAAGAAAAAGCAGAGCAGGUUCAGCCAUAUCAGAUCACUGCAAAAGAAAUAUUCAUGUCAUGGACUGGGACAACGCAAAAGUCAUCGGAUUGGAAAGCAACAAGUUCAAACGUUGGAUCAAGGAGGCCGUAGAGAUCAGGAGGCGGGCCAUCAUCUGUCCAUGACGGCAGAGGAGGGAGACGCGAUGCUGCUCAGCAGGGCGCACGGUAUACGCGCGGCUGGCUCAAGGGAAGGUGCUCGCCUCAAAUGCAGUUGUAAACGAAACGUGUUCUCUAUCAUUCCCCUGGUGAGCAAUUAUGUCAGUGAAACAUGCCCUACCUCACUUCAACCAGUCUCAGGUGACUGAGAUGAUGAAGAGGCUCUUCAACCUGACACCAUCAGAAAUCCGCUCUCUGCCGAGCUAUGAGGACCAGAACUUCUAUGUGGCGCCCGCUGAGGGUGGCGAGUAUGUCCUGAAGAUAAUGAACUCAGAAGACAGUGAGAACCCCACCCUGAUUAAGGUGCAGACAUAUGCUAUGUCUGUCCUUCACCAGAAUGGACUUCCUGUCCAAACAGUCGUGCCCACCACCUCAGGACAGCUCAUGAGCCUGGAAGAAACAGAUUGUGGUUAUGGCCCUCAGAGGUACCUGGUGCGACUGUUUACUUAUUUGCCUGGAACCACCAUUUCCAAGGUUCCUUUAACACCACAGUUACUGUAUGAAGCUGGCAAGACAGCAGCCAGGAUGGAAAAAAUCUUUCACCAGUUGGAGCACCCUGAUCUUGGCGUGCUGCAGAGAGAGAAUUUCAUAUGGAGUCUGUCAAACAUUCCCCUCCUGGAGGCAUACGUCCAUUUAUUAGAUGGAGAUCCUCUUCAGGAGGUUGUGAAGUCUGUCAUUCAUCAGUACAAGACCUCUGUGGUCCCUAAACGCUCCAAUUUCCGCAAUUGCAUUAACCACGGUGACUUCAAUGACCUCAAUGUGCUUGUACAACCUGAGGGUGACAGCCACAAGAUUUCGGGCAUUCUUGACUUUGGGCACAUGAACACUGGCUGCUUCAUCCAUGAGCUCGCCAUCGCUAUCAUGUACAUGAUGACGGAGCACCCUAAACCCAUAGAUGUGGGUGGACCUGUCCUUGCAGGGUGGGAAAGUGUCCUUCCUCUCAACGAGGCAGAGAAGGAUUGUCUCUAUGUGCUGGUGCUGUCCCGCUUCUGCCAGUCGCUGGUUUUAGCUCGUCACUCCGUGAUGUUGCAUCCAGAAAAUGAAGAGUAUCUGAUGAUUACAUCCAGGAGGGGCGUCCAUACUCUCCGUCAACUCUGGGAGCUUGGAAAAGAGCAGGUGGAGAAGGUGUGGUUUCAGAGUGCUGCUCAAUUCAGAGACAGAAAGUGAGAAAUAUGUAGCCAUUCACGCUUUAAAUGCACAACAGGAUGAUUCCACUGAGACAUUUUUAUCGAAUCAAGUGUAAUUUUCACCUAAAUUCACCGAAGUGCCUGUAUCCAUGUAUUACACUCACAUAAACACAUUUUGGUGAAGACGAUUUAAUGUUGAGUUUUGUAUGAAUUCUGAGGGUGUGUAUUUAUCCUUUAUACUGUAUAGUGUGCUCAAAAGUCCUUAAAAGAUGGGUUCAAUGGCAUUUACACUACUUCAACACUCACACAAUCUACCUUAACUUUCAGAAUGCGUGUUUCUUUAACUGGGUCCAGAUGUUAACCUUUUAAUACUGCACCAAUUAUUUUAAUAAACAAAACAACU